AUGAAUACAUCAAUGAGUUCCUUUGCCUGCCUCUUCUUCUUCCUCGGAGCUCUCGUACACGUCAGUGUUGCCGUCGAACAUAAGGUCGGAGGCAAUUUCGGUUGGAACCUACCAUCGACUCCCACCUUCUUCUCUGAUUGGGCUAACAGUAGACCUUUCUUCGUUGGCGAUAAACUCAUAUUUGAAUCAAGAGCCAAUGAGACUCACUCUAUUGGUCAGCCAGAAUCUCAAGCAAAUUUUGACGGGUGUGUCAAGCCAGGAUUUUUUUUCAAUAAAAUCAUUUUCAUUUCCUUGGAUCGACCGGGUCGUCGAUAUUUUAUCUCGACCAUUGGAAAUGACUGCAAUGCAGGCAUGAAAUUUGCUGUUAAUGUUUUACCAAAACUUGGAACGAUACCAAACUCCACAACCAAAGUUGGGGCAUGGCCUGCGCUUCUCUUUGCUCUUGCAAAUAUCAUGGCUAAUUCUCUCUUCUUCUUUUGA